AUGGUGACAUUCAUGAAAUUAGCUGUAAUGAUUGUGACAGAAAGUAUGUUGGACAGACUAAGAAGUCCGUUAAUGUUCGCCACACAACUCACACGCAAGAAAGAUCGGUUGUUGCCUAGCAAGCAAAAUCAUGUGAAUAUCACAACCGGUCAAAGAAAUUACAACUUAUUAUACUUCUAUUGUACACGUCCUCCUAGAACACCCUGUAGUAAUACUCCUAAUCACUUAUCACGCGCAAGUUUAAAGAAAAUGAUUCACCCUCUCGUCGAUCCUGCCUGGCUCGAUUCGUUCGUGUGUCAUUAUACUUCUUGCGCUUAUUUCGUGCAGGUAAACAACGCAAAAAACGAAUAUCGUGUUCUUAUCAGUAGCGAAAAAUUUAUUCCAACGGUGUUUUCAGUUUUAAAAGUGAUUGUGCAUAGAAUUAAAAGAAUGGCGAAAGGAAAGAAAGCCGAGAAAAGAAAACAGAAAGUGAUUUCCGGUAUUCGAAGGAAAAUGAAGAGACUGGAGGAAAAACUAAGGGAAUAUGAUUCAAGUUCAGAAUCUGAAUCCUCUCCAUACGCGGAUAGCAACUCCUCUAGCUCCGGCACUACUUCAGAUAAAAGCGCUAGAAUGGGAGAAAUUAAAACCAUUCUUGGGGAGGAUCCGACUGAGGAAAAAAUUUAUGGACCGGAAAUAUCCUCAGAGUUGGCCAACCGCUGGAAAAACUAUCUCCAGAAUGGCAUAGACAAGGAAACAAAAGCUAAACUUUUUGAAAACAGCCUUGUACCGAGCAACUGCUCCUUGUUGGAAGCCCCAAAAAAUAACCCUGAAGUCCAGACUGUCAUUUCUGCUUCAGAAAAUAAAAAGGAUAGUUUCUUAGCAGAAUUACAAAAUCAGUUGGGAAAAAGCAUUUCCGUGCUUGGUACUGCCCUUUCAAGAAUGCUGGAAGCAAAACAUAGUGCCGAAGCCCCCGAUCCAAAAAUUACCAAUAUGGUGGAAGCGGGAAAAAUGCUCUGCGCGCAAAAGGUGCAGAAAGUGGCAUCUAUGCAAUUAAGAGACUCCACUCUUUUUGGGGAAGACUUUGGCGAAAAAUGUAAGUCCGCCAAAAAUAUAGAGACUGCAGCAAAGGAACUAAAGCCCCAGACUUCAAAAAACCUGAAGACCUACGCCUCCAAAGAUCGAUGGAAGACACAACAAAACAGAGAAGGGAGGAGAGCAGUCAAAUCCAGCAAAGCCAUGACCUUCAAGCGCCGGAACGAGGUAACCUCUAACACAAAACUGGCUGGACGAAUAAGGCUUUUCUUCGAGGAAUGGGAGAAAAUAACAACCAACGGUAAAAUUCUAGGUUGGGUUAAAGGUUACAGAAUACCUUUUAAUGCAACUCCUGUUCAAAAGAGGCCUAAAAAACCCCCAAAUUUAAGUGGGAAACUAGAAAAGUCUUAUUCAGACAGCAUUACCAAACUUAUUGAUAUGGGAGCCGUCAAAGAAGUGACUAAAUGUAAUAGGCAAUUCUUAUCUAGUUAUUUUUUAAGAAAGAAACCCGACGGCAACGACAGGUUUAUACUUAACCUUAAAAAACUAAAUACAUUUAUAACACCGCCCCAUUUAAAACUGGAAGACAACAGAACGGCAAAAAAUCUUAUCUCACAGGACUGCUAUCUAGCUUCAGUUGAUCUAAAAGACGCAUACUUCUCGAUACCCGUAGCCACUGAGCAGAGAAAGUAUCUUAGAUUUCAAUUCAAAAACAAAAUUCUAGAGUUCCAGUGUCUUCCUUUUGGCCUUGGCACUGCUCCUUACGCAUUUACCAAAAUUUUAAAACCAGCUAUUGAACAUUUAAGGGCGAAAGGUCUGUCCUCUGUAAUUUACUUAGAUGACACAUUGCUCAUUGGGAAAAGUAAAACAGAAUGCCGGGAUAAUAUAAAUCAGACAUGUAGUCUUCUUCAAAGGCUUGGUUUUGUAGUAAAUAAAGAAAAAAGUUGUCUCUCUCCUAAAAGAGAAAUAAAAUUCCUAGGAUUCAUUUUUAACACACAAAAAAUGACAAUGCGUCCAACUACAGAUAAAAUAUCAAAAAUUACUGCUAUGGUAAAAGCAAUUUUAAAAAAGCGAAAAAUAAAAAUUAGAGAUUUUUCCAAAUUUGUCUGUCACUUGGUUUCAAUUUGUCCAGCCACGCAGUACGGGUGGCUUCACACAAAACAAUUCGAGAGGGAAAAAUAUUUAGCUCUGAAAGUCAGUGGUGGAGAUUAUGAUAAAAUUAUGAAAAUAUCUCCCAAACUGAAAAGUGAAUUUUUGUGGUGGUUAAAUAAUAUAAAAGAUUGCGAAAAUAGCAUUGCAAUUCCGAAGUACACACAUACGUUGUUUACAGACGCGUCCAAUUCAGGAUGGGGGGCUUUUUACAAUGGUCAAAAUGCAAAUGGUUUCUGGGAUUCAUAUGAAAAACAGAGGCACAUUAAUUACUUAGAAUUAAAAGCGAAAUUUUUUGGUCUCAAGACUUUUUUCAAAGAUUUACGAAACAGUCAAAUAUUACUUCGCAUAGACAAUACGACGGCGGUGUCCUACAUAAACCGAAUGGGGGGCGUUAAGUAUAAGUAUCUAAAUGAUUUAACUAAGGACAUAUGGCAGUGGUGUGAGGAAAGAAAUAUCAAAAUAUUUGCUUCAUAUAUUAACUCAGAGAGCAAUGUUUUGGCAGAUAAAGCUUCGAGAUCCAAAGAAAUAGAUACAGAAUACUCAUUGAAUGUCGAAGCCUACAAACAAAUUGUUGAAAAAUUGGGUUGCCCAGAAAUAGACUUAUUUGCUAGCUAUCUUAAUAAAAAGUGCAAAAAAUUUGUUUCUUGGUACCCUGACCCCGAAAGCCAAAAUGUUGAUGCAUUUACACUCUCUUGGGAGAAUAUUAAAGGAUAUAUUUUUCCCCCGUUCGCCUUAUUACCGAAAGUUCUAAGUAAAAUAGAGGCCGAUAGAGCAAAAUGCAUAAAAGCCUCACCCACUGUGGCCCCGACUUACCCUGGGAGCCGCGGUUUUAUCAGGGAAGCCUUCAAAAUGAAAAAUAUAUCAGGAAACGCCGCAGACCUGAUGCUUAAAUCUCUUAGUGAGAAUACAAUCAAGCAGUAUAAUACAACAUAUUCAAAAUGGUGGGAAUUUUUCGAAGGGAAUAAGCAAAAAAUUUUUCAACCUAUUGUUCACAAUAUUCUUGAGUUUUUAAGUCAACAAUUUCAAAAUGGCUCAAGCUAUUCGAGCAUCAACACUCACAAGUCUGCAAUAAAUCUUAUCUCAGAAGCAGGGAAAUCAGACACUGUGGAACGGUUUAUGAAAGGGGUUUUUAAAACUUGCCCAAGCUUUCCAAGAUACGACGAGACUUGGGACCCAUCUCCGGUACUAAUUAUGUUAGAAAAACUUUACCCAUUGCAUACUCUUGAUAUGAGCCAACUUUCAGUAAAGCUAGUUGUACUGUUAGCCUUGACCACAGCCCAAAGGGUGCAGACCUUCUCUGAAAUAAAAAUAAGUAAUAUUGUGAGCUCGGAUACAGGAAUACAAAUAAAAAUAACAGAUAUUGUGAAAACCUCGGGGCCGAAAAAACCUCAACCACUCUUAAAGUUUUCCUUCUUCAGGGAUAAUCCAGCGCUUUGCGUUUGCUCUACCAUUCUACACUAUAUCGAACGAACAAAAAGUAUCAGGGGUAGCGAAGACUACCUUAUUUUAACUGCCAAACGACCAUAUCAUUGUGCUACAACUCAAACCCUCAGUCGCUGGAUCAAAAAUGGAUUAAAAAUGGGGGGAGUUGACACUAAAAAAUUUAAAGGGCACAGUACCAGACACGCUGCUUCUUCGGCUGCCCUUAGAUCCGGGAUUAAGAACGUCGAUAUUAUAGAAGCGAAUUUGCCUGAAACCAAAUGCAAUCUAAAUUUAGUCGAUGAUGAUUUACAAAAGAGAAAAUUAGCCAACUUUUCGUCGGCUGUUGACGAGAGCACUGAUACUGUUGAUACAGAUCAACUUGCUGUUUGUAUACGAGGCAUUAACAGUAACUUUGAAAUAUCUUCAGAACUAUUAAAGUCCGUUCCAUUUACAGGUACUUCAACAGCAAAUGAUAUUUAUUUUGCAAGUGAGGAUUUGAUAGCAGAAUAUAAACUCGACUGGAAUAUACUUAGUAGCACGACUACGGAUGGUGUUACUGCCAUGACUGGCAAACAUUCGGGCGUUAUGAAUUCUUCAGAGGCAGCUCUCCAAGAAUGUGUUGCUAACGAUAACCAUAAAAACCAACAGCAGUACAUGACCUUUUUAAAAGGUCAACAAAAUCAGAGAACCUUUUCGCCUAUAAUAAUAUAA